CUUUUCGCCAGGCUACUUCGAAAAUGCAUUGCUAGAGAGGUGGACAGGCUCCCUUUUCUAACAUGCGCACGCCUGUGACACUCCAAUCCUCGCCUUGAACAUCAAACAAAGUGUUGAUAUCCUUUCGCUACUGUCUUUAUUUCCCCUUUUCUUACCUCCCGCAUCUCGAAUCGCCCUCCCAGCAUGGACAACUCUGCCAUCCCCGAGCCGCCCCCGGUUCCCGAGUCCGAUGUGCCCUCCUUCAAGAUAAGCCGCACCAAAACCACUCCGGUCGACCUGGAGAUGGGGAGCUCAGGCCGGAGCAACGGGCGCUCCCCCUCCAUCGACUCCACCGUCGAAAGACCCAAGUCGCAAGCCGGCGACGGAGAUUCCACCAAGGCAGGUCCCACCGGAUUCUCUAAGCUACUGGCUGGCAGACGCAAGAAAAAGAAGAAGGAGGAACCGAAGGAUGAGCCUCUCAUAGACCUGGAUGGUGACAUGGACGUUCAAGAGGUUCGUUCCGAGUCGCGGGACGGAGCUUCGGCUCAUCUGUCGGCUACCAAUGAGGGUCAGACCGCCGCGGAUAAUGAUGCUCUCAAUCUUUUGACGGACGAUUCCGAACCGGAGAGGACUCCCCCCCUCACCUCCCACAACUCCCAUGCCGGCUUCUACACUUCGUCAUCCCCACUGAUCAAGACCAUGUCGGCGGACGCGAACGAUGAGGGUGCGCAAGGCGACGUGGACUCCGCCGUGAGUGGCCCGAGUGCGGCUCCAGAAUCCUUAGCGGACACGGAGCUCAGUAGUCAACCCGCCUCUUCGUUAAACGUGCCAGCGGAUCGGAACGGGAAGAAGAGAGGUAUCUCGCCGGGACGGCGAUUCAAGAACGCUUUUACUUCCAGCCAGGACAAGAAGAACUCUAGCCGCGAUCGGGCGUCGUCGACUUCCAGCACCAAAAGCACCCGAAGCAACCGACGAGGUAGCAUGUCCGCUAAGAGAGCUCAGACCGUCAUUGCCGAGGAUCCUCCCCCUCUGCCGGCCCCCAUUCGUACGGAUCUCAAGGAAGACAAGGCUCUUCCUUCGUUGGACAUCCCCCAACCGAGAACACCCCCUCAUACUGCAAUCCCGCAACCUCAGACCACCGUCACGCCACCUACUCCGCACACCGAGUUUCCCAAGCUUUUUACCUCUCCGAUCGUCACGAGAUCCCCGGACUCUAUCAAUUCCAAAGACGGGAGCCCGUCCGGAAUAGUUGUCAGUCCUUCGGGGAAUAUGAUCUCCCACCGGCGUGUGCGGUCCGCCUCUGCGGCAAGCCACAAGCCGAGUAAGCUGUCGAAUUCGAUAUCUGCUCUGGGCCCGACGGUUGAGGAAAGCAAAGCGAUUUCGAAAUCGCCGAGUGCUCAGCAAACAGGGUUCUUCUCUUCGAUGUUUACCGCCGCCCAGAAUGCUGCGUCGAGCUUUGGCAGUAGUAUUAACGCACAGGCAAAGGCUCGCAACGCUGGACAGGCAGGAACUGCAGAGUUCGACAACCGGCCUACCAGCGAGGAGGUUUCGAGCUCCAACCAGCCCGCGGACAACAGUCAGGUCGAAGAGAAGAAAUCGCUCGCCAUUGAUACGUUGGGGUCUGGGGACCUGGAUUUCAGCCACCUCGACAUCGCGAUACCCCCCGGAGGAUCUGUUUCAACCCCCGAUGGGGUUGUGAUCACAAAACCGGACAUCCCGCUAGACAAACGCAAGAAUACUGGGGUUCACCAGCGCGAUGAGCAAGCGGCGAGGCUUGAAGAUAGCCGUGCGGCACGGGCGGUCACCAUGGCCUACGAAAAGCCCUCCGACACAUUGCUAGCCCCGGAUGAUGGCCUUGACGUUCAGUCCACCACGUCUUUAGUGAAGGAUACUGGCGGUGAUCAGACGCCACCUACUGGCAGUGUACUCGACGGAGAGGUUGGCAACACACGGCCGCAUAGAAGUGGAAGCGUGCGGAGCCGACUUGCCCGACGUCGACACCGGGGUUCCUCAGCAACCACUUCAACAAUCGGUGCAAUUGGCGCCAGUGCUAUCGCCCUGGGCGCCCCGGCCGCCAACGCUAGUAUGCCCCGUCUGACUGGGUUUGCUGUUGCCAGCAAAAAGCGCAACAGGGACUUCCAUCAGUUGUUCCGCAGUGUGCCCGAAGAUGACUACUUGAUCGAGGACUACAGCUGCGCUUUGCAACGAGAGAUUAUCUUGGCUGGUCGGAUUUACAUCUCAGAAGGGCAUAUUUGCUUUUCCAGUAACAUUCUAGGUUGGGUAACCACCCUCGUGAUCAGCUUCGAUGAGGUGGUGGCCAUAGAGAAGGAGUCUACCGCGAUGGUCUUCCCGAACGCGAUUGCCAUCCAAACGCUACAUGCGCGCCACACCUUCCGGAGUCUUCUCAGUCGAGAAUCCACCUAUGACCUCAUGGUCAACAUCUGGAAAAUUAACCACCCCUCCCUGAAGAGUUCCGCCAACGGAACCCGGGUCACUGAUGGUACAGGGGACAAGACCGAGAAGGCCGGAGACGGAGAGAGUGACGAUGAGAGCGAGGAAGAGGAUGAGAUCUACGACGAGGAUGAAGAAGGCGAUAAUGCGGACAGCCUUUUCGAGGCGGCGGGCGCUAGCAUCAAUGGAAGUGAGAAGUCAUUGCCUCCAAAGAGCGUCAGCCGCAAGGCUUCAGGGGCUCUCCAGAAUGCCGGCGCUGGCACGGGAGGAUCCAACGGCAACGGCGAUUCGAAGGGCAGCAAGUCGAGUUCCCCGGCUGACAGUGAUACGGACUUCCCGGGCCCGCCCACUCAUGCUCCAACCGAGUUCACCGACCCUUCGGGCCAGUAUGAUAAGCUGAUCAAGGAUGAUAUAAUCCCGGCGCCACUUGGAAAGGUUUACUCUCUUAUCUUUGGACCGGCUUCGGGCGCCUUCAUACCGAAGUUCCUCGUCGAGAACCAGAAAUCCGGAGAGCUUCAGUUCGAAGGAGGAAACAAGGGUCUCACCAACGACAGCCGCACUCGGAAAUACUCGUACAUCAAGCCGCUGAACGGAGCCAUUGGCCCCAAGCAGACCAAGUGUAUUAGUACUGAAACUCUGGACUUUUUGGAUUUGGAAAAGGCGGUUCUUGUUACCCUAAGCACCCAGACGCCUGACGUGCCUAGCGGAAAUGUAUUCUUAACUAAGACGAAAUAUCUCUUUACCUGGGCACCGGGAAACCACACGCGGUUCCUCGUGACCUGUACCAUCGAGUGGUCAGGGAAGAGUUGGCUGAAAGGUCCCAUCGAGAAGGGUGCCAUUGACGGCCAAACUACGUUUGGUAACGAACUCGUCGCCGCUCUCAAAGCGGCCGUUGUCCCUCGCGCCCGCACUGGUGGCGGCAAAUCCAAAGGAAAAGGCAAGCGCAAGAAGAGCGAGGUCGCUCAGGAAGCGGCCGCCGCGGCCACAAAGGCGGUCGAGGCCCAGGCACAGCAGGCGAGCUCUUGGGGAGUCCUGGAGCCACUCCAUGGAUUGCUCGAACCGGUCAUCGACAUCGUGAAACCUCUGUUGAGCGGCAACGUUGUCAUUGCGAUCGUGGGCAUUCUGCUCUUCUUGUUGUUCUUCCGAAGCCCCUCCCAGCCAUCCAUCGUAUCCCACGAUAUAGGAUGUCCGGGCUACUCGCUGCCCCAGCGCCUGGCUGCCUACGAGGAGAUGUGGCGCCGGGAGGAAAGCGAGCUCUGGAGCUGGCUGGAAGACCGAGUUGGCAUGGACGGCCUGGCCUUCCCGACGGUCAGUCGGCCGAUGGAGUCUCGAGUGCAGGGCUCUCGAAAGGUCCAGAGCGACCGCAUGCUGGCCAGUAAAGUCGGCGAAGAAAAGAUGUCCGAUCUCGAAAUGGACCAUGCCAUCCGCACCACCCGCGAACGGCUCGAUUCUCUCGAGCGGAUCCUGUCCCAACGUAGAUCGGCCGACCAGGAGCCGAUCCACCCCGAGCUGUGAGAUCACCUUUGAGGUGACCUCGAUGCAGCAAAAAUCACUUCUACUUCCAGUGGAAAAACAACUUUCCAAGGACCUGAUCACAUGAUGCAGGUCCCACAUGCAAACACACACGUCCUUCGUUCCCAUCUCCUUCUGUCCAAUCUUUUCUGUCAGCGAGUUGUGGUGUUUGGGUCAUUGCUUUCCACAUUGUUCCCAUCCAUGCAUUCGUUCGAGCAUCAAUCUGGGAUUUGCAUGCUUAGUAUACUGAGCGAGUCCUUUCCCAUACUUCUUUUUGCCGUUAUACAUACAUACGUCCCUCGUGUCUUUUUUGGACCGACCGGCUCAAGAUGAGCAUUUUGUACAUGAGCGCCAACUGCAAGUCUAUAUAGCCUUGAGUUUCUAUACUACGCUACACUCUCUCUAUACAAUUUCUUACUCCUCUG